GAAUUGAUGACAUGGCAAUCUCCACCCUUCUAAAUAAAAUAAAACAAUAAAAAAAUGGGCCACAUUGUCUCCGUUUGUCGAUGCAGAGCAAACCUCCUUCUAGAUUCACUCUCACUUUCUCUUUCCCCUUUCUUCUUCCAAACCCCUCUCCAGAAAACGAGAAAGCAAUUGACGAUGCUUUCAGAUCAAUCUCCGAACCCUUGAUUCCUUCUUCUUCGACCCCUCAAUCCUCUGCAACUCUUGAUUCUUUCUUCUCCAAACCCUUGAUUCCUUCUUCUUCGACCCCCUAAAUCCUCUGCAACUCUUGAUUCCUUAUUCUUCGAACCCUAAAUCCUCUACCCAUUGUGAUUCCUUCUUUUUCGAACCCCAAAUCAUCUACAUUUGUUAUUCAUUCUUCUUCCUUUGAACCCUAAAUCCUCUGCUAUUUGUUUUUUAGAUUUUGGGUUUGUGAGAAUCAGACCAUGGAAGCUAAUGCAUGGAGUCUGGGUGCAGCUAUUUCAGCUUCUAAGUGGAUUAACCUUAAGAACACCGAAGGAUCAAAUUCAGUUCUUAGGCUUCUAAAAAGUUAUUGUUUCACUAAAUCUGACAUUGCUACUUUGAUCUCUAAGCACCCACGUUGUUUGAUGGCUAACCCGGAGAAAACUCUUAGGCCCAAGAUUGAGUUUUUUGAGUCUUUAGGCAUUGUGGGAGAAAGCCUGACUAAGGUUCUCUGUUCAAAAGAACGUAUUCUCAAGAGUAGUUUGAAGAAGCAAAUAAUACCUUUUGUUGAUUUCGUUAAAGGGAAAUUUGGGACAGGUGAGAACAUUGUGUGUUCUUUGAAAAGUGUCAGUACAUGGAGUAUUUUUUGGUGUAAUCCUGAUAAGGAUAUGGUUCCUAAUAUAUCCACAUUGUGUGCACAAGGUGUGCCAGAAGGCCAUAUUCAGACACUAUUAGUGUGGCACCCUCGGGCAUUUGCAUGUAAAGUUGAUUUCUUCGAAGAGAUGGUUCAUGAAAUUAAAGCAAUGGGCUUGGAACUAGCAAAAAAGUCCUUUAUUUAUGCUCUUCGUCCAAAGACAGCUAUGAGCAAGGAAACUUGGGAAAAAAAGGAGGAGCUUUUGAUGAGCUAUGGUUGGUUGGAGGAGCAAUUUCAAUCUGCAUUUGUACUGCAACCAGUUUUCAUGCUUACCUCAGAAAAGAAGAUCGAGAAAGUGAUGGAUUUCCUUUAAAACACUGUAGGUUUAAAGUCAUCGGAUGUAGCAAAGUGAUGGAUUUUCUUUUAAUUGGUGGAGACUUAACGUGACAGGUAAGCAGUUCCGUGACGGAAGGAUCAUUUGAGUUUUGGAAAAAUAAAGUUUAAGGACGAUUUGAGUCCUUUCUGAAGUUAAAGGACGAACUAAGUUUCGAAAAGAAAGUUUAGGGACCAAAUUAGGUAUUAAACCAUUCAAAAUCAU